AUGAUGCCUAGAAAGUUUGUGAUGUAUAGAGAUGAAGAUCGAUAUAUCAUAUGUGAGGAUUUUGUAAGACGACCAUAUUUCAAACUUGCAACAUGCUCACUUAUUCUAAAAGAUCCGCCAAUUUUUCUACCAUCUGAAGUGAGUUUAACAUUUUGUUUUAAAAUAUAGAUGGCUUAAUUUUAGAUUAAAAGCGAUGAAUCUUCAGUUUCUGUUGAUGUUUGUAAACUAGAUUCUAAUUGGUUUCUGGAUAAUUUGUUGGAAAAUCCGCAAUUGACAUGUCAGCCUAUAAAAGCAAUGUUGCAGUCGAAAAAUGAGCUGAAGGUGAAAAUGGUUUUGGUUUUCGUCUAUUAAAUCUAUUAAAUUUUUUUCAGGUUGUCUACGAAAAUGCUACCCUCGUCUUCAACAGAAAUCAACUCGUUUUCCGCAGUUUGGUUGAACUAGUUGAACAACUAGAGCAAACUGUCACAUUGGCAGAGUUUAAUCCGGAGACAAAUUCGUUGGUUCCACUCAAUGAUCAACAAAUGCCCACAACAUCAACAACAUCAACAACAACAGCAAAUCGAAGAAGCAAACGUCUUUCUAAUAAAAGAAUGCCCGUUGAUCCACCGCCGAUGAAAACGGCCAAAAAAAUGAGAAAACGUCAAAAAGGAGAAGAAGAUACUCCAAUAUUAAAUAGACCAAAUACGAUCGAAACCGUAAAUAAAGGAGGAGAGAAAGAACAUGUAAUGGAACAAGAAGUGGCGGAGGCGGUUAGCGAAUUUGGAUCAAAUACGAUCGAAACCGUAAAUAAAGGAGGAGAGAAAGAACAUGUAAUGGGACAAGAAGUGGCGGAGGCGGUUAGCGAAUUUGGAUCAAAUACGAUCGAAACCGUAAAUAAAGGAGGAGAGAAAGAACAUGUAAUGGGACAAGAAGUGGCGGAGGCGGUUAGCGAAUUUGGAUCACAUACGAUCGAAACCGUAAAUCAAGGAGGAGAGAAAGAACAUGUAAUGGGACAAGAAGUGGCGGAGGCGGUUAGCGAAUUUGGAUCAAAUACGAUCGAAACCGUAAAUAAAGGAGGAGAGAAAGAACAUGUAAUGGGACAAGAAGUGGCGGAGGCGGUUAGCGAAUUUGGAUCACAUACGAUCGAAACCGUAAAUAAAGGAGGAGAGAGAGAACAUGUAAUGGGACAAGAAGUGGCGGAGGCGGUUAGCGAAUUUGGAUCACAUACGAUCGAAACCGUAAAUCAAGGAGGAGAGAGAGAACAUGUAAUGGAACAAGAAGUGGCGGAGGCGGUUAGCGAAUUUGGAUCAAAUACGAUCGAAACCGUAAAUAAAGGAGGAGAGAAAGAACAUGUAAUGGGACAAGAAGUGGCGGAGGCGGUUAGCGAAUUUGGAUCACAUACGAUCGAAACCGUAAAUCAAGGAGGAGAGAGAGAACAUGUAAUGGGACAAGAAGUGGCGGAGGCGGUUAGCGAAUUUGGAUCAAAUACGAUCGAAACCGUAAAUAAAGGAGGAGAGAAAGAACAUGUAAUGGAACAAGAAGUGGCGGAGGCGGUUAGCGAAUUUGGAUCAAAUACGAUCGAAACCGUAAAUAAAGGAGGAAAGAAAGAACAUGUAAUGGGACAAGAAGUGGCGGAGGCGGUUAGCGAAUUUGGAUCACAUACGAUCGAAACCGUAAAUAAAGGAGGAGAGAGAGAACAUGUAAUGGGACAAGAAGUGGCGGAGGCGGUUAGCGAAUUUGGAUCACAUACGAUCGAAACCGUAAAUAAAGGAGGAGAGAAAGAACAUGUAAUGGAACAAGAAGUGGCGGAGGCGGUUAGCGAAUUUGGAUCAAAUACGAUCGAAACCGUAAAUAAAGGAGGAGAGAAAGAACAUGUAAUGGAACAAGAAGUGGCGGAGGCGGUUAGCGAAUUUGGAUCAAAUACGAUCGAAACCGUAAAUAAAGGAGGAGAGAAAGAACAUGUAAUGGGACAAGAAGUGGCGGAGGCGGUUAGCGAAUUUGGAUCACAUACGAUCGAAACCGUAAAUCAAGGAGGAGAGAGAGAACAUGUAAUGGAACAAGAAGUGGCGGAGGCGGUUAGCGAAUUUGGAUCAAAUACGAUCGAAACCGUAAAUAAAGGAGGAGAGAAAGAACAUGUAAUGGGACAAGAAGUGGCGGAGGCGGUUAGCGAAUUUGGAUCACAUACGAUCGAAACCGUAAAUCAAGGAGGAGAGAGAGAACAUGUAAUGGGACAAGAAGUGGCGGAGGCGGUUAGCGAAUUUGGAUCACAUACGAUCGAAACCGUAAAUAAAGGAGGAGAAGAGAAUGCUUCUACGGACGGAAAUUCCAACAUCAAACCACCCGCUGUGAGUGUUUUAAAAUAAAUAUUUUAAUAAAUAUUCCAAAUUUGGAUCCAAUCCCAUUUGAGCAGCCCUGA